AUGGCUGCUGGAUCUGGUGUUUUCUCUGAUCUCUUUUCCUUCUACGCAUCUGCCGGGAAAUACAAAACGGCUUUCGAUGGCGAAGUACAUGCUAUUUAUAUUGCAUUGAAACAACUGUUGGCCAUCCAUUCAAAAUUUGGAAAAGUCGUAUUGCUGUCAGAUUCCUAUGCUGCAAUCCAGGCGAUCGGCUCACAGGGAGACACUUUGUCGGAUGAAGUGCUUCAGUUUCGAAGAUUUAUCAGACUUUUGGCACUAAAAAACAAAAGAGUAGUCAUCCAGUGGAUACCCAGCCACUGUAACAUCUAUGGUAACGAGAAAGCUGACUUUCUUGCUCGCAAGGGAACACAAAUCCUUCAACCAAGUUGCUCUGGAUUGUCAUACCAUUCCAUAAAACUACAUAUAAAAAACAUAAUGAAACUGAAUGCCUCUGCUGACCUACGAGAAAGCAUAAGGAAUAAGAACUGGAGUGAGGCAGAUAUUGAGGCAGUGCCAGAUAAGCCUCGCCGAGAUGCAGUAGCCACCUUUAGACUCCUAACAGGUCGGGAUUGUCUGGGAGAACACUAG